UUGGCUGGCUUAGUAUGGACCCUGGCAGUUUUUUCCUGAGUCAGGGUCAGAUCAAGCCUUCCGAGGAGAAGGAGGGGAGUUGUGCAGGACAAGCCGCUCUUGGCAGAAGGAUGCUGGAGCUGAGCCUAUCCAGGCUGGGACUCGGGCCGGUGGCAGCCUCCCCAUGGCUGCUGCUGCUGCUGGUCGGGGCCUCCUGGCUCCUGGCCCGCGUCCUGGCCUGGACCUACACCUUCUACAACAACUCUCGCCGCCUCCGAUGUUUCCUGCAGCCCCCAAAACUGAACUGGUUCUUGGCUCACAUGGACCUGGUGCCCCCCACGGAGCAGGGCCUGAUCAACUUCGCUCAGAUGGCUGCCAACUACCCCCGUGGAUAUUUGAUCUGGUUUGGCCCCAUUAUCCCCAUGGUCGUCUUCUGCCACCCUGACAUGCUCCGGAGCAUCACCAACGCCUCAGCUGCCAUUGCACCCAAGGACAUGCAGUUCUAUGGCACUCUAAAACCCUGGCUUGGGGAUGGGCUCCUCCUGAGUGCUGGUGACAAGUGGAACAGUCACCGUCGCAUGCUAACACCUGCCUUCCACUUCAACAUCCUGAAGCCCUAUAUGAAGAUUUUCACCAAGAGCGCAGAGAUCAUGCACGCCAAGUGGGAGCACCUGGUCACAGAGGGCCACACCCAUCUGGACAUGUUUGAACACAUCAGCCUCCUGACCCUGGACAGUCUGCAGAAAUGUGUCUUCAGUUUUGACAGCAAUUGCCAAGAGAAGCCCAGCGAAUAUAUCGCCGCCAUCUUGGAGCUCAGUGCUCUUGUGUCAAAAAGAAACCAACAGCUCUUCCUGCACAUGGACUUCCUGUACUAUCUCACCUCAGAUGGGCGGCGCUUCCGCAGGGCCUGCCGCCUGGUGCACGACUUCACAGAUGCGGUCAUCCAGGAGCGGCGCCGCACUCUCCCCAAGGAGAAUAUUGAUGACUUCCUCAAGACCAAGGCGAAGACCAAGACUUUGGACUUCAUUGAUGUGCUUCUGCUGACCAAGGAUGAAGAUGGGAAGGGAUUGUCAGAUGAAGAUAUCCGGGCUGAAGCUGACACCUUCAUGUUUGAGGGCCAUGACACCACAGCCAGUGGUCUCUCCUGGAUCCUGUACAACCUUGCAAAGCACCCAGAAUACCAGGAGCGCUGCCGGCAAGAGGUGCAAGACCUUUUGAGGGACCGUGAGUCUAAAGAGAUUGAAUGGGAUGACCUGGUCCAGUUGCCCUUCCUGACCAUGUGCAUCAAAGAGAGUCUGCGGUUGCACCCCCCAGUCACCAGCAUCUCCCGCCGCUGUACCCAGGACAUUGUGCUCCCAGAUGGCCAGGUCAUCCCCAAAGGUGUUGCCUGCCUCAUUGAUAUUUUCGGGACCCACCACAACCCAUCUGUGUGGCCAGACCCUGAGGUCUAUGACCCCUUCCGCUUCGACCCAGAAAACAUCAAAGGGAGGCCACCUUUGGCUUUUAUUCCCUUCUCAGCGGGUCCCAGGAACUGCAUUGGGCAGACAUUCGCCAUGACUGAGAUGAAAGUGAUCUUGGCGCUCACCUUGCUGCGCUUCCGCAUUCUGCCGGACAAGGAGCCGUGCCGGAAGCCAGAGCUGAUCCUGCGCACAGAGGGCGGACUCUGGCUGCAGGUGGAGCCACUGAGCGCAGGCCAGCAAUGACCCAGCACCUUCUCUCCUGGGCUCCUCCCUGACCCUAGACGUGGCAGAUUGGAAAUUAAACUUCGUAGUCACCUCUGCCCUAGGCUCGUCAAGAGACAGCAAGGAGCACAUGGGGUCUGCUAGGUUCCAGGAAGGUGGGGGUUGCUGUAAACUUGGUGGCCUUUAGAGGGGCGGCUCAGGGGGGAACUUGGAUCCCAAGUGUAAGACUACUCUUUAGGGAAGUCCAACUGCUUGAUGCAGAGAGGGUCAGAUGACCUUGGCUUUGCUCCCUGCCAUGGUAAUGUAAAGGUCACCGUCCCAGUCUGUCAUUGACUAGUUGUUUGGCUUAAGAAAAUUGUUUACCUCUCAGUUCCUUUAUUACACAUUGUAGCCACUUUACUGGGCUGUUGGGGAGACUGAAUAAACAAGCAUAUGCAAAAUGA